AGACCCUCUAUCUCUGCUUCACGCGCGCCGUGCCUCCCCGAACCACGUCGUGGCGGCAUCCGGCAAUGAGACCACCGACUGGCCGCAUCGUCGUCGUCUAGAUGGCGGGCCGUGCCUUCCGAUCGCCCUCCGCUCGUCGCCGCGCGAUAACCGUCGCUCGCAGCGGGAUACUCAACGAUGCACGUCGCCACGCAUCCUUUCGCGAACACCUCGCACUGUCGCUAACAGCAACUCUCGCGUCGUCGCACGGCUCGUUAUCCACCAGCCAUCCACCCACCGAUUUAUCGCCUACCAAUCCUCCUCGCGUCAACGAUUCGUCGCAUACGCCUUCCCUCCGUCAUUCCAACCCGUCCCAAAUCCCCCCGCCUCCAGCCCUCUCUCGCCAUAACCGUCCGUGCGACUCCAAUUCUCCCGCGUCGAGUCGAUUAAUCGCCAGCCUAUCCGCACAGCUCCCCUCGUCGCCUAGCAGCCAUCAUCGUCAUCACCAUCAUGACCAUCAUCGCCAUCAUCCUCGCCUCCACAGCAGCCACGCGAUCAUUCCCUCGCCUGUUCUUCGAUCCGUGAACCCCGCUCCGCCCGCUCUAGUCCCCCGGCUUCUUCACUCUUCGCGAGCCGUCGCGCCCGUUGGAUCGGAGCCGCCGGUUGGCGCGGAGAGAUCGGGACCGUCGGGAGAGGGAGCUGGCUGGGAGGAGAGUGGGAGGGGUGCGCGUGUGAGCGAUGGAGCGACGUUGGCGGGAGCAGAGGGGGAGGGGGAGGGGGAGGGGGAGGACAGAAGAGGGGGUUGCGAUGACAGUGUGAGGGAUGUAAGAGACGACGGGAGGGAGGAGGAGCGGCGAGAGGUUCGGGAAGAGGUUCGAGAAGAGGUUCGAGAAGUUGUGGCAAGGGGAGUGGGUUUAGGGGAAGAGGAGAAGGCGGAUCUGCGGAAGAGGCAGCGACAGAGCCGAAUGCGCGAGGAGAGAGGAGGUGAUGGGAUGGCGGAGGGAGGGAGAUCAACAGAAGAAGGUCUUGCCAAUGCUGGACAGGGUAACACUACCGGGGAGGGCAAUAGCGAGGAUGAUGACGACAUGGCGGGGUACGGCGUGGCGUCGGAGGCGGAUCUCCGCAGCGCGAAGCAGAUCGCCGACGCCAUCCUCAGCGGCCGGCUCUUCGCGGGGAUGAGCCAGGGGCAACGGCACUGGGGGGGGGAGGGCGAGGGGGGGAGCGGGGGAGGGGACGGGGGAGCGGCGGAGGGGGAGGGGGCGGUGCCCGUGGAGAAGCAGCGGUUUGCGCGCGUGGCGCUGGUGGGCGCGCCGAACGCGGGGAAGUCUGCCCUGACCAACCGACUGGUGGGAGUGAAGGUGUCAGCAGUGUCGCGCAAGACCAACACGACGCAGAGGGAGGUGCUGGGCAUUCGCACCACGGGCCCCACGCAGCUGGUGUUUCACGACACCCCUGGUCUGACAGUCGCGGUGCCAUCUCAGCCGCUGUCGUCGUCCCAGAGCCGUGGUUCGCACCUCGCCUCGUCCACCACCCUGCACUGCCACGUGGUGGCGCUCGUGAUCGACGCCGACAGACAGAUCAGGAGGCCCGACCCACGGGUGCGGCGGCUGGUGGGUGUGGUGGGGGGCGAGCGGCGGGAGGGUCAGCAGCGCAUAGCCGUGCUGAACAAGGUGGACCUCGUCAAGGACAAGCGCCUGCUGCUGCCGCUGGCACAGGAACUCAGCACGUUCCACUCCCUGGAGAGGGUGUUCAUGGUGUCGGCGUUGCACGACAAGGGCAUCAACCUGCUCGAGGAGUACCUCUUUGACCAUGCGGUGCAUGCGCCCUGGGAGGAGGACCCUCGUCUGCGCACGGACCAGUCGCCGGAGCAGCUGGCCAUGCAGAUAGUCAGAGAGCUGCUGCUGCACCGCAUGCACCAGGAGGUGCCGUAUGCCAUAGACCACCGGCACGUGUCGUGCACAGUGCUGAGGGACGGGUCGCUGCGCAUAGAGCAGCUGCUGCUCGUGCAGUCAAAUGCACAGAGGGCCAUGCUUGUCGGCAAGGCAGGGCAGGUCGUAAGAUCCAUUGGUAGAGAGGCUCGUUAUCAGCUCCAGAAUAUCCUUGGCGGUCCAGUGCAUCUCAUAUUGCAAGUGAGAGUGGACCGCAAAUGAUCAAAUCAGUUGCAGGUGCACAUCAUUUGUGUACGGGCCAGAAUCUGGACUGCAAUACCUCAAGUCUGCCCUCUUUAGCAGGCAAAUCCCCAAGUUUCAAAAUAGGUUGCGGAAGUGUGGUUUGUUUCCAAAUUCAGAUAGUUUGAGUGCAGAUUGUACCGGUAAGUCUGAUUUACUUUCUGGAAGGUGGUAACAUAUGGGAAAUACUGGGUGUGACAAUGAGUGGUUCCGCGUUAUAGAC